GGAAGGAGCGGGUGCCAAACACACAAAACACACGCGUGCAUAGACUGCAUACGUGCACACGCAUGGUCUGGGGUAUGUCGCUCGGGAUGUCGAUACCUAUGCGCCUUGUCUCAUACAUGCGGGCUGCAUGCGUGAUGCCACAUGGCGACGGCGUGAUGCGCAGCCGCGGUGACGGGGAUGCUGACGCGGGCGCCUCUCCCUUCUGCCGCACACGGCGCAAGGCAGGUGGCACAACCGUCUUUCUCAUUCGUGCACGCUCGUGUUUCAGCAUGGUGAGCAGUGGAGUAUGAAGCUUGGGCCUUGGGAAGCAGGACGAGUGAAUCAGUGUGUAGCUCGCUCAGUUUUGAUCCUGAAUCAGUUGCGGCGGCUUACUGGUCAUAGGUGUGUCGUGGCAAUGCGAUAGUUAUGUCUUGCGAGAGCGAAUAGCUGGAGAGCAAAGGGCCGCUCAAGGGUUGCUAAGGUGGCGGUUGAUGGCAGGGGCAGGGGCACAUGCACCUGGUGUGGUCUUUGCAUGCAUUUUCGACAUUGAACUGGGCGCGGCCGGCGGAUCGGGAUUUGUGCGCUAGCUAGGCGCAUGGUAGGGCGGGAGGGAGCACUCAAGCUAUGUACGUUGGACAAUUUACAAUUUAACAUUGUUCGACUCGAAGGGGGUGGGCUGUUAAUUGUUUGUGGGUUUGGUUACCUUCCCGGCCUUUCUGAUUUCGUCAACCUUGAAACACCUACGGCUGGUUGGCUGGCUGGCAGGCUAGUUGAGUUGGUGUGCAGAUGCGGCUUUGGUGACAGCCGUUUCAAGUCUACGCACGGCGCCGUGAAGCGCAGGCUAUCAAGGACCUUGAAGCAAGGCAGGAGGAUCAAAGCGGAAUGAGAUGGUGGCACACCGCUUAUCUACUCAUGUUCACAUACCGGGCUGAUUAUAUAUACGCUGUGUGGACGGAGGGUUUGGGUUGCUGCAUGCCGCAACGACCGAUGUCCCGAGGGCGGGUGCUUUGCCCGUAUUCACCAUGGCACGCACCCAAUUUGGUCUGGAUGGCAUGUCAGAGCAAGCCGCUCGGUUGUGGUGAUGAGGCGGUGCCGCCAGGAUGCACCGCUCCUCGUGGUGCGUGGAUGGUAUGUGCAUGCUAAUUUCUCGAUGCGAGUGUCAGGUUUCAAGAAUGUGCGCAUCAGGGCUUUCAAAGGUUGUCGAGCAUGUAGAUACUGAUGCCCUGAACAACGAACAGUGGGUCCCGCCAACGCCCCGGCCCCCGGGCAAGUUGGGUCAACAGGCAGGACCCAAAAUGCAGCAUGAGCGAGGUUUGGCAGCAGCAGUGUGCUGUGCGCGCAGUGUCAUGCGGUGCGAUGUGCGCCCGCUAGCCGCCGCGCGUAUGUGCGCAAGCGCUUUGUCCGAUGGAGAGAGACAGCAACAGACCUGCAUGGCCACUUACGCGUGUGUGCGUGCGGGGCCGUGUUGUGAGAUGCUAGCCAUGCUGCUUUCGUUCUGCUGCUAGCUGCGGCACGUACAUAGUUUGCGUGCAUUGACUGCUUACUUAUGUGGAUAUGCCCUUCGAGCCGUUUCCUUGUGGCCUUGGGUCAGGACCUAAGUCAGAGGUCUAAGUCACUUCCAUAACACCUAGUAAAAUGCUAUCUGCCGAGGACCCCUAGGUCACGGCGGGUUCAGUCAACACACGAGAAUACUUAGAUGUGGCGGCCAGAUUCUGUUCUUUUUGGGGGCGGGCUGUGAGAAGAAGUGUGCGUCCUAGCCUUGCUCAUGAGGUUCUUUGUACUGUGAAACGGUGUAUACAGAGACGAACAAAAGGCUUUUACAAGUCUGGCCCGCUCACGGCCUGCGUUCCGGUAUGUGAUGAUAACCGUUGGGGACUUGGGGUGCGCAUGCACUGCGGUGUGUGUGGAGGCAGCCGAGACGGGCUACGGCACAUGCGCCACGCGUGACUUUUUAGCAGAGCACAAUGGCACAAUGUGGUUCUGGGGUUUGUCGUGCACUAGGGAUGCUUCAAAGGGAUAACGCACGUGGACGCGGGGGCAGUGCGCGUGCCUACUGGCGGGGCUGGAAUAAGGCCUGAAGGGGUCCUAGGGCAGAAGGCGAUAGAUUGCCCACCUUGCUGGCAUCUCAAUACUUGUACAGGCGGUUGGGGAUGGAGAACUGCCGCCAAGUCACUGCUGAAUGAGUGCCCAUGCUGCAAACUGGCGCAACAGCCGCGGAGCCGUCCCUGUUUUGGCAUCUGGGAUGGAGUGUGCUAGUUGCAAAUUUUGAGUUGAUGCGGGGGGCAUAGAAUUCACUCCUGGUCGCGCCCGCAUGGUGGCAAACUGCAUCCCCCUCUUACUUGCGGCGGGUGACUCGCUGUUUGCCGUGUUGCCACGUCAGCACCGCGCCCUUGCAUUGCACGUCGGGAGCUAGCUAGCCACAUACAGCUGUAGAGUGGUGAGCGUAUGACAAAGAGGUGAUGCGUCUGAUGCGGCUGUGGCCGUGCUGACACUCUGCUCAGGGUUGGUGGAAAGAGCAACCUCUCUUCAGGCGCGGCACUUGUUGCGCGAUUGCCGAGUGCAUGCGGCGGCUAGUGACAAUGGGUUGCGAGGCAAUGGACCUAGGGUGCCUUGCCCUGGCCUUGCAAACGGGGUUUGCUUUCAGUGAACGGUAAGAGACACGAAGGGGCGCAUCGCUGGAGUGGCGUUAGUUAGUUCAUUGCGGCGACGGCUUGCUCGUCACACACCUGGUGUGUGGCGCUGCGGUGCCACGUGCCCUUGUCCGCCGGCGUCCUAGGGAGGUGUGGGUGCAAGCGCUUGAGCGCAAGCGCCAGCAGCUGCUGCUUAUGAUGAACUGCGGAACGUGGGACGGAUGUUGCGUGAGACGGAUGUUGCGAAGUAAGAAUGGCCGGAACGCAUUGCGGGUGGGGCGAUGACCAAGCGCGACAUACAACGAAAGAUGAAGUAUACUAGUACACCACGUGCUAUGCUUGUGGACGGAUAGCUUUUGCUGCUGUGGCUUGGGGCGGCUUCAAGCGGGCGGGAGCGUUAUGGCUGGGCACUGGACACACCCUGCAUAGAGCGGGUUGGUACGGUUGAGAGGAACACGCGUGCAUCGCUGGGGCCGGUUUGGGUCCUCCUAAUAACGCUGUUCAAUAACGGUGCGGGUCAAUUGCGGUUGCAAGGCUAGCUGCGGUCGCCGGCUUUGACGCCUGUGUGACGGAUAACUUAACAAGCUGCGGUGUGCAACGCAAUGCACGUGUGUGCGUGCUAGGGCGAGGCAAGGUCGUGUAACAUCAAGAAACA